AUUAUUUCCAAUUCAAACCACAUCACCCCACCCCUCUCUCCUAUUUAAUCCACCCUCAUCACAAAAACAGGGCACCACCACCCACCCUACCCCCGGACCACCACUAAACCAUGGCCAAAUUACAUAAUUCUCCCUCAUUUCUCAUCCUCACCCUCUUGUUUCUUGCUUUUCAAGUCUCCAAAAGUGACAAAACUACCCCUCACAAACACCACCAUCAUCUUGAAGAGGAAGCUGACCGGAUUAUUGCACUUCCCGGUCAACCCAACGUCUCAUUUAACCAGUUCUCCGGUUAUGUCACUGUCAACCAGAUGGCCGGCAGAGCCCUCUUUUACUGGCUUACUGAAACACCUAACCACCCUCUCUCUAAACCCCUGGUCAUAUGGCUCAAUGGAGGUCCCGGAUGCUCAUCGGUGGCCUAUGGUGCAUCUGAAGAAGUGGGUCCAUUCAGAAUAAACAAAGGGGCCACGGGGUUACACCUCAACAAAUUCUCCUGGAACAACGUUGCUAACAUUUUGUUUCUCGAAACUCCGGCCGGUGUCGGUUUUUCCUACACCAACCGCUCGUCGGACCUACUUGACACUGGUGAUCGUCGCACCGCUGAAGAUUCACUUCACUUCGUGAUACGAUGGAUGGAGAGAUUUCCACGUUAUAAACACCGUGACGUUUAUAUUGCAGGAGAAAGUUACGCUGGUCACUACGUCCCGCAACUCGCAAGACAGAUUCUAAGACACAAUUCAAAUUCCGGUUCCAAUCCCAUUAAAUUAAAAGGAAUCAUGGUAGGAAAUGCUGUGACGGAUAACUACUACGACAACCUUGGAACGGUGACGUAUUGGUGGAGUCAUGCAAUGAUAUCUGAUAAGACGUAUCACCAACUCAUAAACACGUGUGAUUUUCGGCGCCAAAAGAAUUCAAACGAGUGUGAAUCAUUGUAUAGCUAUGCUAUGGAUCAAGAGUUCGGUAAUAUCGACCAGUACAAUAUUUAUGCACCCCCUUGUAACAACUCUGAUGAUGGUAGCUAUUUGAGUUCCACUCGUCAAACCAUGCGGUUGCCCCAUCGGCCCCGUCAGACGACAAGACAGAUGUCGGGAUAUGAUCCGUGUACCGAAAGGUAUGCCGAGGUUUAUUACAACAGAGAAGAUGUUCAAAAGGCGUUUCAUGCUAAUACGACCCGAAUCCCAUACAAAUGGACUGCUUGCAGUGAGACUUUGAAUCGGAAUUGGAACGACAGUGAAGUGUCGAUUCUUCCAAUAUAUCGUGAACUUAUUACUGCUGGAUUGCGGAUUUGGGUCUUCAGUGGAGAUGUUGAUUCAGUGGUUCCAGUCACAGCUACUAGAUAUGCACUUGCACAACUCAAGUUGAAAACAAAGGUUCCAUGGUACCCUUGGUAUGUUAAAAAACAGGUGGGAGGAUGGACAGAGGUAUAUGAAGGGCUAACAUUUGCAACAGUGAGAGGGGCAGGUCAUGAAGUACCACUUUUCAAGCCAAGGGCAGCAUUGCAGUUAUUGAUGUCCUUUUUAAAAGGUCAACCACUUCCCAAAGCUUGACCAAAAAGUCAAAGUUUGACUAAGAGUCAUAAUUUUGACCUUGAUGUUGAAUGUAGGAUCGGGUCAAAGGCAAAAGAUUGCCUUUUGAUUUUGAUUAUUUGGGUAGGAGGAAUUAGGAUUUCAUCAAAGUUUGAGUGUGUGGGGGUUUUACUUGAAAAGAAUACGGAUUGGUAUUAAAAGUUUGACUUCAAAUUUUAUGGAAAUAAUUGGAGAGGGGUAAAGGUAUUUCAUCAAAGAUUGUGGCUGUUUGUUGUAACUUUUAACAUAUUGUCAUGUGUCAUGUGUGACUCACCAAUAUUUUAUUUCUUUGGA